AUGCCUCACCAUCAGUCGGCCGUCUAUGUCCAUCGACUUGCCGUUAUCGCCAUCUCGCCUAUACCGUAUCUCCUGCGGGGUAUGCCGCACGAUUCUGGUAUGUCCCUAGCUGAACCGUACCCACGGUUGGAGGAUGCCGAGAUUGUCCACGCAUGGGAUGCUAAGGCACACGGGGAUGCUGCUUCGGUAGCCAUUGCUGAAGUGUGGAGAGAUACAUGGUCUCAGAUGUCGGCUCUGGCACGAAAAAUGCGCCCCGUAUCUCUGACCAGUGAGCAGAAAGCCACCUUCUUGACGAGCCAUCUGGAAGGAGUCGCGCGACACAAGGUAGAAGAACUCGAUGACGAUGCACGGAAGAACUUCGACCUCCUACUGGUCAUCUAA